UUUCAGGUGCUGCCUAAAGAAUGGACGAUGACGACUUUGGUGGCUUUGAGGCUGCAGAGACAUUUGAUGGUGAACACAGUGGAAACCAAGCAAUGUCCCCUGCUGUCCCCUGGGCCACCUUUCCUGCAGGGGAACACGCAAUUUCCAUUGUGAACCACCUUCAGAGUUUGUGGUAGGACCCGAGGACAGAGCCACUGAUGCCAAUGUGGAAUAAAGUAUCCGGAGUGCACCUGUCACCAGCUUCUCCGGAGCUCCUCCUGGACCAUGACCACUCAUCUGCGUCCUCUGGCCGCCUGUCUUCAGAUGCUGUCAUUUCAUCGCCAGACGACACCCGCGCAGACAGCGGCCUUGUGAGUCAGACCAUCCCCAAAGCUCAGACUCAGCAGUCGGCGCAUGCACAUCUGAACAUCCCACUGUUCCCACUUGGCUUAACGGAUGAGACAAGCCGUGGAGCGAUUGUACCAGAGGAUGAUCCCGAGGGCCCUGGAGCUGACGCGUCCAGCUCUCAGCUCCAGCAAAAGAUAUCAAGUCUGGAGACCAAACUGAAAGCAUCUGAAGAGGAAAAACAGAGAAUUAAAAAGGACGUGGACUCUCUGAUGGAGAAGCACAGUGUCCUGGAGGAAGGUUUCCUGAAGGAAAAGGAGCAGGAUGCCGUGUCCUUCCAAGCCCGCUACCGUGAGCUGCAGGAAAAGCAUAAGCAAGAGUUGGAAGACAUGAGGAAGGCUGGGCACGAGGCACUGAGCAUUAUUGUGGAUGAGUAUAAGGCACUUCUGCAGUCUUCAGUCAAGCAACAGUUAGAUGCCAUUGAGAAACAGUACGUGUCUGCAAUCGAGAAACAAGCUCACAGGUGUGAGGAACUCCUUCACGCUCAGCACCAGAGGCUCCUGGAAGUGCUGGACACCGAGAAGGAACUGUUAAGGGAAAAAAUCCAGGAAGCUUUGGCUCAGCAGUCCCAGGAGCAGAAGGAAACCCUGGGAAAGUACCUGCAGGAGGAAAUGCAGAGGAGUAAAGAGGCACUGGAGUCAGCUGUGAAGCUUGAGAAAGAAGCAAUGAAAGAUGUUAUCAACAAAGCAGUGGAAGAAGAAAGGAAAAAUCUGGAAAAAGUUCACGCUGAAGAACGGGAGAUGUGGAAAGCAGAGCAUGCCAGAGAUCAAGAGAGAGUAACGGAGGCUAUCCAGGCUGUCAUCCGUGAGCAGCGGAUGAUGAGUCAGGAAGCUGUCAAAGCAGCCAUCGUAGAGGAGCAGAAGAGAAGCGAAAAGGCCAUGGAGGAGGCCGUAAAGAGAACGAGAGAUGAGCUGGUGGACUACGUGAAGGAGCAGAGACGGCUUGAUCAAGUCACCCGCCAACGGAGCCUGACCAGCCUGGAGCUGUUCCUGUCCUGUGCCCAGAAGCAGCUGAGUGCCCUCAUAGCUACAGAGCCCGUUGACAUUGAAUAGAGACGCACUGACCAACCUGUCCCUGUCAUUAAGCCUGCCUACUCUGAAGCUGUUCCUCUCCUGUGCCUGGAAGCAGCUGAGUGUUCUAAGGGCCAUGGAGCCUUGUGGUAUUGAAUAAAGGGAGCAUGACAGGCGA